CUCAACUGCAUAGUGGAGUUUGAUAGGCUGGUGGAGAGGGGAACUGCAGCCGAGUAGCACCUCUGUCAGGAAACAGAAGCCCACUACGAAUGCAACUCGCAUAUUCAGCUGACGGAGGACGACUGACCUGCGUGAUUUGCCAUGACAACUGAAUCAGGUGCAGACUCUGAGCCCAAGCAGCAGCAGAAGCAGCCGCAGCAGCAGCAGGAGAGCCAGGAGACAGAGAAGGGGACAGCUCAAGCACCAACCCAGCACAGCUUGGCAGCAGCCGAACCCACCUCGCCUCAGGCCCAGCCAGAGCAGCUCCCUGCCGCUGCUGGACACAGCACCCCUGCCAGGAAGGAACAGGAAACCCAGGAAGAGGACCAGGUAUCCCACAGGUCAUCCACCAGUCGUCUGUCAAGGUCUCCUUUGAGAGGAGUGAAGAAGCUGAAGAACAUGCAGUGUAAGGUCACCUUGCUGGACGGCACUGACUACACACUCACUGUGGAGAAACGAGCCAAGGGCCAAGUGCUGUUUGAUAAAGUAUGUGAUCACCUCAACCUGCUGGAGAAGGACUACUUCGGCAUCACAUACAGAGACAUAGAGAAUCAGAAGAAUUGGCUGGAUCCUUCCAAGGAGCUGAAGAAGCAGAUCAGGACUGGUCCCUGGAACUUUGCUUUCAAUGUAAAGUUUUACCCUCCAGACCCUUCCCAGUUGUCUGAGGACAUUACUCGGUACUACCUAUGCCUGCAGCUGAGAGAUGAUGUGGUUUCGGGACGCCUGCCCUGCUCCUUUGCCACCCACACAGUACUGGGCUCCUACACGGUGCAGUCUGAACUCGGAGACUAUGAACCAGAGGAACUGGGCAGCGACUAUAUCAGUGAGCUACGGUUCGCCCCCAACCAGACCAAAGAGCUAGAGGAGAAAGUCAUGGAACUCCACAAGACCUACAAAGGGAUGACACCAGCAGAGGCAGAGAUGCACUUCUUGGAAAAUGCCAAGAAGCUGUCCAUGUAUGGAGUGGACCUCCAUCAUGCCAAGUUGGUAGGGAGUCUCUUUGAGUGCUUGGCUCCAACUCAGGGAGAGGACUCUGAGGGUGUGGAGAUUAUGUUGGGGGUUUGCGCCAGUGGCCUCCUCAUUUACAGAGACAGAUUGAGGAUCAAUAGGUUCGCCUGGCCCAAAGUUCUGAAAAUCUCCUAUAAGAGGAACAACUUCUACAUCAAAAUCCGCCCUGGCGAGUUUGAGCAGUUUGAAAGUACAAUUGGCUUCAAGCUUCCAAAUCAUCGUGCAGCCAAGAGGCUCUGGAAGGUCUGUGUUGAGCACCAUACCUUCUUCAGGCUCGUAUCCCCUGAGGCACCCCCAAAGAAGUUCCUGGGCCUUGGCUCCAAGUUUCGCUACAGCGGGAGAACACAGGCUCAGACCCGCAGGGCCAGCUCUCAGAUCAUCAGACCGGCUCCUUUCUUCGAACGCUCCUCCAGCAAACGCUACAACAUGUCCCGCAGCUUAGAUGGCGCCCCAAUCAUGGAGAACCAUGAAACCCUCAUGAAGGACAGUGGUACUGAUGCGGCGGGUAAAGUCAUUGCCAAGGGAGACCUUAUCACCACAGUAACACCAGAAAAGAAGGCAGAGGAAGAGAAGGCAGAGCAGGAGGACACCCAAGUGGAAGCUGAAGGGACAACAGAACCCACCCCCUCCACCCCACUCAGACAAGAAAAAAAGUGCUCACCUUGUGUAUACUCGUCAGAGCCGCUCCACUCUGAGCUCUCGCUCCCCUCGUCCCCUGUCUCAUCAACCAAAGUGCGUCGGCGGCGCAGGGAGAACAUGCGCAAACGGGCCUCAUCAGUCAGUCCAGUCAAGAGCAGCGCCGGAUGCCGCCGUCGGCAAGCUCGCGCCGAUCGGAAGGCCGCCCUGCUGGAGGAGCAAGCUCUGCUCCUCUCGGCCCGCAAGCAGAGGCUGGAGCAGGGCAAGAGCCGCGGCGGUACCCUCUUCUCCUUCUCCCUGCACCUGCCUGACCUUUCAAACAUCUUAGACGAGGACGGCUAUAUCACCUUCCCCGAUCUGUCCGAAAUGCGCUUUCUCCCAGAGUGCGCACAGCACUUCCUGCCCAUCAAAUCACCCUCACUCAUUCCCUGCUUCCUCUUCAUCUUCUUUUUCCUGCUGUCCACCUCCUUCUCUGUCCCUUACGCCCUCACCCUCUCCUUCCCCCUGGCGCUGUGCCUCUGCUACCUGGAGCCCAAGGCAGCGUCCCUGACCGCCUCCAUAGCCCAGGGCUUCCAUGACCAUGACAGUUCAGAGGAAGAGGAGACUGACAGCGAGCAAACUGACUUUGCCUUUGAUGGAGAGACGACCGCCACAGAGUCGGAGGCAGACGAAGACUCUGAGAUGCGGACUCAGUACAGUUUCAUAAGACGAGUAAAAGGGGAAAACGUUUUUAUCAGGCAUAGUAAUCUGAUGCUAGAGGACACUGAGCCUCCUGAGGAGCUGGUCAAGCACCAGACCAACAUCAGCGAACUGAAGCGCUCCUUUCUGGAGGCGGAGGCCUGCAUCCCAGGCAUGACGGAGUGGGAGAAAAGACUCUCCUCGUCUCCUGCCCGUUCACCCAAAGCAGAUGAUGCACCCAUGAUAGAGCCACUGCUCCCACAGGAUACUAAAGAUGAGCAGCCUGAGGGGGAUGAGAUAAAGAAGGAACUGGAUGCUAAGGCCACUGAGGCGGCAGGAUAUGUGGUGAAAUAUGUGGUGGAUAGUAACCUAACAGAUGGGGCCACCUCAUCGGGGCCACACGGAAUCAGUCUGUCAACCACCAUGGAUGAUGAUGUCUUCAUCGAUGGGACCCUCAAGGAGGAGGAGGAGGAGGAGGAGGAGGAAAAAACUCCCAACGGCUCCCAAGAAGAACUGUCAGAAAGAUCCAUGGUAAAGAUCAGCCCUGGAGCCGUCCGACAGGAGGUGUCUCAGGCCAUCAGUGACAAGAGAGGGACUCUUAUCAUCCUGAAGGAGGCAGAGGACAAGAUGGCCACUGAUGGCACAGCGGUGGAUACUCAUACUGAGAAAGAGGAGACUGUUGUCUCUGGAAAAGUUGAGGCUGAGAAGAAUGAAUUCCUCUCUACCUCAGAAACAGAAAAUGUACUAACCUGCAAAGAAGACAUGGCUGACGUUACAGAUCCCAAGACCGCAAUAGUCAUGACAAAUUUAAAUAUGGAGACCAAAAAGGUGGACAUGACUCAGAUUAAAGGCACUCCCUCGCCUAAGAAGGCCACAGCUUCAUGGGUUUCAGAGGUGUCGAAGACAGAGGAGGGGUCAGAGGUCAUCAGUGUGUCAACAAAAGAAGUAAAGGACAUGACAACUUCUGAGACGCUCCAACAGAAAGCAGAAAUCUUCACCUUUGAGGAGCUGCAGACCGAGCAAUCAAAGUCCAGCCUGAUCACUACUCAGAUUACAGUAACAGAUCCCUCAGCUGCAUCCUUAGCGGUGUCUACGCUGGGAUGGGUCUCUUCUUCCCUGAGUCCCACCUCGCAAAAGGUAUCAGCUGAACCAGAGGAGGUGGUGGGGGUUGCCACGGAGAUGGAGGCAGCGCCAGCUGAGUCGACAGAGCCUACGUCCCAGAGUCUUGAAAUUGUGCAACAGGAAGAGUCGUCUACCAAAGAGGUGCCGGUGAUCCACACAGAGACAAAAACCAUCACCUACGAGGCUGCAGAGGUUGACACAAAUGGUGAUGCAGACCCCGGGGUACUGCUGAGCGCUCAGACCAUCACCUCGGAAACCACCAGCACCACGAUGACAACACACAUCACAAAGACGGUGAAAGGAGGAAUAUCCGAGACAAGAAUCGAGAAAAGGAUUGUCAUCACAGGAGAUGCAGACAUUGACCAUGAUCAGGCUUUGGCUCAGGCCAUCAAGGAGGCUAAACAACAGCAUCCUGACAUGUCAGUGACCAAAGUAGUGGUACAUAAAGAGACAGAGAUCACGCCAGAGGAGGGGGAGGACUGACCCAGGAAUAAAGACUGAGGGCUGUUUUCUAUUCAAGGACUCAACCUCCCAACAUCCAACACCCAGGAUUCCACAUAUUACGCCGGGACACUGAGAAGACUAGAAAGGCUCCUACUCUCCAAAUGCUGCAGCUCGGCACUAGUCCCACACAUCACCUGCAAAAAAAAAAAAUAUAUAUAUAUAUAUCAAAAAAAAAAAAAAAACAAUGCAUUUUGCAUGAGAAGGAAGCAAUGUUGCAUUAUCAAAUAAUGGCAAGAUUACACAAAAAGCUCUAAGAUU